CUAUUGUGGAAGUUCCGGAAGUGUGAGUGAGGAAGUCGCGGGCCGGGUGUUCCGGGGGGCGGAGACUCGCCUGCCAGAGCAGGGGGGAGGGAGUCGCUGGCUUCCAGCUGCAGGUGGGACCCCCCAGGUCACCCCGGCUGUCCUCGGGGCUAUGGUGCAGCCGAGACUUUAGGCGACCCCCAGGUGUCGGCGACUGCGCCGCGGCGGACCGGGUGCAUGCCGGGUAGCCGGCGAGGAUGCAGCCCGCACCUGCGAGCAUCCCGAGCGGCCGCCGCUGCGGCAGCCGCAACCACAGCGCGACCUGAGGACGCAGUGCCAGCGACUGCUGAAUUUUCCCCUGUGGAGAGCCAGAGGAGGAAAAAAACAAAGAAAAGAAGCCAAAAUCUCGGCUUGGUUCGUUUUUUGAGCUGUUCAAAACGAAUUUGUUUAUGAAAAUGCCCUGCGCCUGUAAUCGGAACAACUGGAGGCGAUGGAUCCGACCCCUGCUCGUACUUAUUUACGUAAUUUCCAUCCUCGUCUCGGUUCCCUUCUGUGUUUGGGAACUUCAAAAACUAAAGGUUGGAAUACACACUAAAGCAUGGUUUAUCGCUGGUAUCUUUCUGCUGCUGACAAUCCCUGUGUCCCUCUGGGGGAUUCUGCAGCACUUAGUGCAUUACACGCAACCAGAACUUCAGAAACCUAUUAUAAGGAUUCUUUGGAUGGUCCCAAUAUACAGUUUGGAUAGUUGGUUGGCUUUGAAAUAUCCCAAAAUCGCCAUCUAUGUGGACACCUGGAGGGAGUGCUACGAAGCUUAUGUCAUUUAUAACUUCAUGAUAUUCCUUAACAACUACCUAGCAAUCAGAUUCCCCAACGUGAUGCUACACCUGGAAGCUAAAGAUCAGCAACAGCAUCUCCCACCUUUGUGCUGCUGUCCACCCUGGGCUAUGGGAGAAAUGCUGCUUUUUCGGUGCAAACUAGGAGUGUUGCAGUACACUGUGGUCAGACCGAUCACCACUGUGACAGCGUUGGUAUGUGAGAUUGUUGGUGUCUACGAUGAAGGGAAUUUUAGUUUCUCCAACGCUUGGACUUACUUGGUUAUAUUAAAUAAUCUGUCACAAGUGUUUGCCAUGUACUGCCUCCUGCUGUUUUACAAAGUUCUGAAAGAAGAGCUCAGCCCUAUAAAACCUGUUGGCAAAUUUCUUUGUGUCAAACUGGUAGUCUUUGUCUCAUUCUGGCAAGCAGUGCUUAUAGCUUUGUUGGUUAAGGUUGGCGUUAUUUCAGAUAAGCGUACGUGGGAAUGGCAAAGUGCCGAAGCUGUGGCCACAGGCCUGCAGGAUUUCAUCAUCUGCAUCGAAAUGUUCUUCGCGGCCAUUGCCCAUCAUUACUCCUUCUCCUAUAAACCCUACGUGCAAGAGGCAGAGGAAGGCUCGUGCUUCGACUCCUUCCUCGCCAUGUGGGAUGUGUCAGAUAUCAGAGAUGAUAUUUCUGAACAAGUGAGACGUGUCGGGAGAACAAUGCGAGGUUAUCCCAAAAAAAAUUGUUUUCCCGGAGACCCAGAGCAUACUGAACACACAAGUCUGCUCUCCUCAUCGCCAUGUGAUGCAGGUUCUCCAGGUUCAAGGAUAUCCUCGCCCCAGGGCCAGUAUCAGGGCUUUGGACACACGAUUACUACCCAGAAUGUAGCUGCUGCAGCCAAGCUCUGUAAAGACAUGAUGAUUGACAUCCCAGAAGAGCAGGGCCCUCCUGACGUUGUAGGCCAAUAUCCAGACCUGGAAGACAGAGUUUCGUCACAGGACACGCUCUCUGCAGACCAGCUUUCUGAAGACGCCAUGAAUGACAUCCCAGAUGAACAGAAGAAGCUCCUUGACACAUCUGCAGACUCCUAGAGAGCUGCCACAGUCCUCUUUUUGUAUAGGACAAGAUCUGGACAGUUUAGAAUGUUGGAAAAUUUUAAAGAUAGGCAAAAGCCAGAUAUAACUACUCUAUAAUAUACACAUAUAUAAUACUAAUACCUAUAUGUUAGUAUAUAUAUAUGUUUGUAUAUGUUUUAUAUAUAACAAAUAAUAUUUAAAUUUCCUAGGCUUUGGCUUUCUUAAACUGUUAGGGUAUCAUAUAUUCAAACAGUAGGUAACAACUUCAGCUGAAUGCUCUUGCAUUUCUCAAGAGGAUGGACAUUUGAAAAUAAAAUAAUAAAAAAAUCAGUGCUUCUUACCACUGCAUGAAUUUAAUGCUCUGGACUAAAAAUGUAAAUAUAAAAUUCAGAUUAAUUUAAUCAUAAUCAUGUGCCAUUUAAGUUUACAUAAUUAUUCUUCAAUUACAUGUCUUUCAAUAAAUCUGAUACCAUUUUCUGAAA